AUGAAAGAACGUUUUAGAAAGAAAGACAAUUUCAAUAGUAAAAUGAUUCUUACACAAUUAUUUUCUCUUUUGUGCACAUACUAUAGUGGAAUGAUAAUAGUGUGCCUUUUUUUGGAUUUUGCUGUUGGAUUAUAAGUAAAGUAUUAAAUGAAUCAUUAAUAAUUAGUUUCAUUUAGGGUAAAUUUGGGACUUUGGAAUCUACAACUAUGAAACUUACUUUAGUGUUAACCUAUUGAGUAAUAUUUUUAACAUUUUAGUUGUUGUAAGCGGAUUAGUAAAUUUAUUUUAUAAUUGUAGAUCUUUAUUGUUGUGAAAGGAAGCAAAGUUCUAGAUUUUGUAUUUUCUUUGUAUUUAUGGCAUUUCAUUAUUUGUUGUGUUUUAAGUUCAUCUGAAUUUAAUAAAUUGUGGCUAAUAAUAAAUACGAUUAUCAGUAUUCUAACUAUAUUUUUGGGAGAAUAUCUUUGUGUUAGAUUUGAUCAAUAAGAUAUGCUCAUAAUUGAUAGAUUAUUUAAAAAUAAGAAAAAACCUUUUGCAGAACAUAAAAGGAAUGAUGAUUUUAUAAAAAUCAAUAUUUAAUGA